AUGUAUUUCAGAGGUACAAGAGAUCCUCCCGGAUCUACGAAACGUUGCACAUUCGACGAGGUCUUACUUUCAAACUUGGCUAGCCGAGGAGGAAUUUACCUGCCAGAACAAGUUCCUACCCUCAGUCACUCCAAGUUGAAGGCUCUCAGUACACUUCCCUAUGGGGAACUGUGCCACCAGUUGCUCUCAGAGUUUAUUGAGGAAGACUACAUGAAUCGAUCCGAUUUCUCAUCUAGAAUUUUUGAAGAAUUUGAUGAUCCGAAGGAAGUGAUUCAUGUUACCAAGCUUCAAGGAGGUCUAAAUAUAGCUGAGCUCUAUUUGGGACCAACUCUUGCCUUCAAGGACCUUGCAUUGUCUGUGUUGGGAAAUCUUGUUGACAGCAUAUUGGAGAAGAAGAAGAAAAAGGCAAUCGUGUUGGUUGCGACCAGCGGUGACACAGGUAGUGCAGCCAUCCACAGUGUCAAGAAGAUGGCGAAUGCGGACAUCAUUGUGCUCUACCCGAAAGGGCGUUGCACUCACGUCCAGGAACUACAGAUGACUACAGUCCAAAGCCCCAAUGUUCACGUCUUUGCUGUGGAGGGGACUUCUGAUGAUCUGGAUGAAGUCAUGCUGGCAGUCAUAUCGGAUUCCGCCUUUGCUGAAGAACACGGGCUGCUAAUCUUCAACAGCAUUAAUGUUGGUCGCAUCCUAGGCCAGAUCCCCAUGUACUUUUGUGCCUACUACCAUCUUUGUAAUAUAGAGACAAUGGAACCGCUAGAAGUCGUCGUUCCGACAGGAGGCUGUGGCAGCAUUGCAGCGGGAACAAUUGCAGCUAAAAUGGGACUUCCAAUUAAAAUUGUGGCAUGCACCAACAAGAAUGAUGUUGUGACACGUUGUAUCCAGAAUGCUGACUUUUCUAAGCAGCCUUAUGUCUAUCAUACAUAUGCAUCGGCCAUGGAUAUACAAUGUCCAUACAACAUGGAAAGAAUCUUUCAUCUUUUCUGUGAAGGAGAUGGAGAUCUGGUUCAAGACGUGAUGGGAGCCUUUGAGUCGCAAGGGAAAAUAGUCAUUCCUCCUCAUGUUCAUGCCUCCAUGAAUGAUGUCAUUCAUAACUAUCCCUUUACUUUCUUUCAAAUUGUAGAAUCCUACUCUGUCAGUGAUGAGGAGAUCCUGAAAACUAUGCGGAGAUGCUGGGAUGAAAAUUCAUACGCCAUAUGCCCUCAUACAUCAACUGCUGUUUCCUUUCACUUUGCUCACAGGAAAGCAGGAUUUUCGAAGUUCCAAGCCUCUAUAUUUGUUCAUUGCAGCCCUACAAUACGGCGAGUGGUCCUCGCAACAGCAUCUCUGGUGAAGUUUCCGGAAGUCAGUCAGGCAUGUGGAAUUCCUGUACCCAGUCAUCCUCGGGUAGAUGCUCUUCCUCGGGUUUCGCCACAAGUUCCUAUCAUGAAGGAGGGUGAUGACUGGGGAGCACUCUUGCGUCAAAAGAUCAUGGAAAUUAAAAAACUGAGAUGGAAUUGA